GACGAGGCUCGUUUAGUAUUCUGUGCACAAGGCGAAGGAGGGAGAAGGGAGGGAGGACAGAGAGCGAAAUAGAGAGAAAAAACGAGGCUGUGAAGACAGGCGAAAACACAAAAAGAGAGGAGGAAGAGGGGAGCGGAGAGACACCUCCUCUGUCCCUCUCGGUCUACCCUUUGGUAUCCGUCUGUCCCAGGCAGUUUCAAAGCUCCUGUAGAACAUUCCAGAAAUACAGCCACAGACCACAAUGAGCCGUAAAGCUUGAAUGGAAAAACAAAGAGAGAAACCUAGUGGAAAUAGACAAUACAUCUCAAAAUCAACCCUGCCCUGAUGCUGCUUUAAGGACUGAGCCUGCAAACACUUUCCUCUUCCGUGACUGAUGAUUUAACUGAGAGUAAUAGUCCACAAAAUCUAGGCUAUGCUUUCUGAACAACAGAGCUAUAUAUAGUCUCGUUGUUUAUCCAUUGAGCAAAUUCUUAAUAUCUAUGUGAAUUGAAUUGGUUUCGACCUUCUUCACCAUGACAAGGACUCAGGGAUCUCAUUGUCAUCCUUUAUAACAAGAGCCUAUGUUAUUAUUGAAAAGGGUGAUUGUGGCACACUUACCAAUGGGUUUAGCAACCAUUAAAGCGUUCAAUUAACGGUCAGAAAGAGACCGUCUCGGCUCCUUGUCGAAACGUUGUCCUUCAGAAUCCAAAACGAGACACACCCUCUCCGCUCAGUUGGUGUGGGCGGUGAGAGCUGCACCACGAUUGGUUGAGUGCAGGGUGGGUGUGCGAUGCGGAUUGGAAGAUGUCGGGGGACUGGGAAGACGACCUUUGCAAGAAGGUGUUGGUGCUGGUGGAGGAACUAUGCUUCCAGUCUGGAGGCUUGAGCCAGAGUGCGAGCUGUCAGGAGUUCCGCUACAUGAUGAGAAGACCUAACAGACAGCUGAACACAGAGAUCUCAGUGAGUCUGCUCUCCGUCAUUGUAACGUUCUGUGGCAUCGUGCUGCUGUCUGUCUCUCUCUUCGUCUCAUGGAAGCUUUGCUGGUUGCCGUGGAGAGAUAAGGAAGGCGGGGGUCUGAGCUUGAUGUCGGGGCUCCUGCCCGGCGGUGCUGGUUUGGGUGGGGUUGGAGGUGGAGGGGGUGCCUCUCUCCUUCCUCCCUUGUUGCAGAGGAAAGAUACUCAAUCCUCUUCCUCGCUGUAUCCCUCGCUCUCGCAGCAUGGUCAGCCUCAUCCCCAUUUCUCCGACCUAACGGGGGUGGAGAGCGGAGGGGGGCUGGUAGUGGGGGGUGUGGUUGGGGGUCCACAGGAGAUGCAGGAGCAUUCUUACCUAGACAUGGACUCUUAUCCCAACAAUGCUGCAAACCUUAAGUUGAGCCAGACAUCUCCCGAGUUGCCCCCGGCAACAGAAGGAGGCUCAGCUGUGAAAGACCUGCCCAAUGCCCAAUCCCAGCAGCAGGUCACCACCAGGCCUAAGCCCAUGACUCACCAGCUUUCCAGCCCUGAUUUCCAUGGUGAGGAGAAGAGUGAGCAGCUGACCAGCAUUGGGCAGAUCAAACCAGAACUUUACCGGCUGCGCCAGGGAGACCAGGGGGAUGGCAAACAAGGCGACACCUGCGGCAAAAUCAGCUUCCUCCUGCGCUACGCCUUCAACACGGAGCAGCUGGUGGUUAAGAUACUGAAAGCCCUGGACCUCCCGGCGAAGGAUGCCAAUGGUUUCUCCGAUCCUUAUGUCAAGAUCUACUUACUGCCUGAUAGGAAGAAGAAAUUUCAGACCAAGGUGCACAGAAAAACUCUCAACCCGGUUUUUAAUGAGACGUUCCAGUUCGGCGUGCCUCUGGCGGAGCUGCACUCGCGCAAGCUCCACUUCUCCAUCUACGACUUUGAUCGUUUCUCCAGACAUGACCUCAUAGGUCAAGUGGUGGUGGAUAACCUGCUGGACUUCAGUGAAGGCACCGGGGAGAAGCCAGUUUGGAGAGACAUCGUAGAAGGAACCGCGGAGAAAGCUGACCUGGGCGAGCUGAACUUCUCACUGUGUUACCUGCCAACAGCUGGCCGACUGACCAUCACCAUCAUUAAGGCCACCAAUCUGAAAGCCAUGGACCUCACGGGCUUCUCAGAUCCAUAUGUAAAGGCAUCUCUGGUUUGCGAAGGUCGAAGGCUGAAAAAGAGGAAGACGUCCAUAAAGAAGAAUACUCUCAAUCCCACGUAUAAUGAGGCUCUGGUCUUUGAUAUCCCCAACGAGAACAUUGAGAAUGUGUCGCUCAUCAUCGCCGUCAUGGACUAUGACUGUAUUGGUCAUAAUGAGGUGAUCGGGAUGUGCCGUAUGGGCAGUGAUGCUGAUGGACCGGGAAGGGAGCACUGGACAGCCAUGCUGGCGAAUCCCCGCAAGCCUAUUGAACACUGGCACCAGCUGGUGGAGGAGAAAUCCAUAAACACAUACGUGUCAAAGAGUGUCACAGCCUCCCCUAAACCACACAUAGUGGUGGACAGCCCUCACUCUGAGUAGAGAUGUCAGCAUUAUCUUUUUAGCAACAGAAAUACAUUCUUUCUUUUCAUCUGAAUAAUAAUUUAUCAAGAAAGAACCAGAGAAGAGACUGUGCUUGUGUUAGUGCUAUUCCUCUAAAUCAACCCUGCAGACCCAACACAAUAUAUAGAAAAAUAACUAGACUAGACCAGACAAACAGACA